AUGGCUUUCGCCGGCGUGUCCCUUAUCGUGGACGGCGAGUUGUGCGACCAAACCAUGGCGCCCAUCGACGCCCGUGCGGACAGAGGGUACCACAUGCUCGUCAUCGAAGGCUACUCGCGUAGCAAAGACACGCCACCAACCGGGGAGUACAUCAAGUCUCGUCCUUUCCUGGUUGGAGGCCAUCGUUGGCGUAUCGAUUACUACCCUAAUGGUUUUGACGAGGACGACGAAGAGUUUAUAGCUGUUUUUCUUGUCCGUGAUGAAGAUGUCGAAGGUCAGGAAGUGAAGGCUCAGGCUGUCUUCAGUUUCAUUGACCAGCCUGAGUUUCGAAUGUCAACACGCGUCCGUAAAUGCCAGAUACCAGCUCAUCGUCGUCAUGGAGAAAAACAAUUCAUUAGAAGGGACACCUUGGAAGCAUCAAGCCAUCUUAAGGACGAUAGCUUCAUUAUCCGGUGCGACGUUGUUGUCAUCAAUGCGCCUGCGGACGCCAGCACCGACAAGGUGGCUGGCGAGACGCCGCCGUCGGAUAUGCAAAGCCAUCUGAGCAACCUUCUCCUGUCCGACGAGGGCGCUGACAUUACGUUUAAGGUUGGCGGCCAGACGUUUCCUGCACACCGCUGCGUGCUUGCAGCCAGAUCUAGCGUUUUCAAGGAACAACUCUUUGGUGCCACUACUGUGACAAAGUCAAAUAUUGUAGAGAUAAAUGACAUGGAAGCUGAAAUUUUCUAUGCAUUGCUUGUUUUCAUCUACACCGACUCGUUUCCUGACUGGGACCGGCUUGAAGACGAAGAAGACGACGAAUCAGGAGAAGAGGAAGAGGGUUAUGAAUUGGCUGAUGAAUAUGCAAUGUGGCUGCUGCAGUUGAUUGAAGCUGCAGAUAGGUAUGCUCUCCAAAGGCUAAAGUUGAUCUGUGCCGAGCAGUUGGUCGAAUACACAGACAUGGACAGGGUGGCAGACAUUAUUGUUGUGGCUGAGCGGAGACAAUGCCGCUUGUUGAAGGAUUCGUGCGUGGAGCUCAUCAAAUCACAUUCAAGCCUGUACACCGUUUUCACGGUUGAUAGCUUGGACCAGAUCAUCAGAACCUGCAGCCCCUCCGUUCUGAAUGAGCUCCUCUCCAAGUUUGCUACCUGA